AUGAUAUCUGUCGUAUUUAUAACAAUCCUGAAUGAUUUCACAAUGGCUACUGUAAGCUAUGACUGAGUUAGAGUCUCAAAAAAGCCAGAGCAUUUCAAUUUAAAGGUAAUGUUUAUAAUUGCCACUGUUCUUGCCAUAGUUCCUCUAUGUGAAUGAAUUACAUUAAUUGUAUUUAUGUUUAGCACAUAUGGACUCUUGCAAUCCAAAUUUUUUGUUAGGUUUUAA